CCUAGUAAUAAAACUACAUAAAUAGUAAAAACACUUUCUUUAGUUAAAGCCAACCACUUAUACUAAUAUAUAAACACAUAUUAAUUACAUAAUCCCAUUCUUAAAUCGAUCAUAUAUGGAUUUUAUGAUGUUCCCAAAAAUUUCAGCUUUGUUGGGUUUUUCUUUUGUUGUUGGGUCUUGUUUUUUGAUUAUUGGUAUUUCAGGUAGUGAUUUUAACAAAGAUUUUGAUGUAGUUUGGGGUGAUGGAAGAGCUAAGAUACUCAACAAUGGAGAACUUCUUAGUUUGAAUCUUGAUAAGGCUUCUGGUUCAGGAUUUCAAUCCAAGAAUGAAUUUCUUUUUGGCCAAAUCGAUAUGCAACUCAAGCUUGUUCCUGGUAAUUCUGCAGGAACUGUUACAGCUUAUUAUUUAUCAUCAAAAGGGCAAACUUGGGAUGAGAUUGACUUUGAGUUCUUGGGAAAUCUAAGUGGUGAUCCCUACACUAUUCACACAAACAUAUUUACUCAAGGCAAAGGAAAUAGAGAGCAACAAUUCAAAUUUUGGUUUGACCCAACUGCCAAUUUCCACACAUAUUCCAUUCUUUGGAACCCUUUGAACAUAAUCUUAUCUGUGGAUGGUACACCAAUUCGAAAAUUCAAGAACUUGGAAUCGAAAGGUGUCCCAUAUCUAAAGUACCAACCAAUGAGAUUAUACUCGAGUCUUUGGAACGCAGAUGAUUGGGCCACAAGAGGUGGUUUGGUGAAGACUGAUUGGACCAAGGCUCCUUUCACAGCCUCCUAUAGGAAUUUCAAAGCCAAUGCUUGUGUUAUGAACUAUGGUUCAUCUUCUUGUGGCUCUAACCCUGGACCAUCCAAUCCAUGGUUCAACCAAGAAAUGGAUCCAAAUGGUAAGAAGAAGCUAAAAUGGGUGCAAAGGAAUUACAUGAUUUAUAACUAUUGUACUGAUACUAAGAGGUUUCCCCAAGGCUUUCCUAUAGAGUGUAACACCACUUAAUCAUGGGAUUAGUAUUGUGUUAAAUACAAAUUAGUUUACCUAACUACAUUAGCAUUAAUAUCAUAAGAAACCACUUUAGGCUAUAGCCAAUGAAAGUGUAGUAUUGUAUGGUUUUAAAUUGCAUAGUAUGUAAUGACUCAUGAGUAUUAUUAGAAAAUAUAAGAUAUACCAAAUUUGUAUUGAAAUAAAA